AUGAGGCUCAUCAUCAGAGACGAUCCGACACAGGCGUCAUCCUAUAUUGCCAAGUAUAUCAUUGACAGAAUUCAAGCCUUCAACCCAACAAAAGAACACCCCUUCGUCCUCGGCCUACCAACCGGCUCCUCUCCCGUGGGAAUUUACAAAAUCCUUGUCCAGAAAUUCAAAGCCGGCGAAAUCUCCUUUGAAAAUGUCGUUACCUUCAACAUGGACGAGUACAUCGGCAUCCCGCGCGAACACCCCGAAAGCUACCACACAUUCAUGUACAAACACUUCUUCUCGCACGUCAACGUUCAUCCCUCCAAUAUCCACAUCCUGAACGGCAAUGCCCCUGAUCUAGAGGCAGAAUGCGUGCAAUACGAAGCCGCCAUCAAAGCAGCCGGUGGCAUUGAUCUAUUCCUUGGUGGUAUCGGUCCAGAUGGCCAUAUUGCAUUCAACGAGCCCGGCUCUUCCCUCGCAUCGCGAACGAGAGUCAAGACGCUGGCGUACGAUACAAUAAUUGCAAACUCGCGGUUCUUCGACAACGAUCUAGAGAAAGUGCCGAAAAUGGCACUUACAGUUGGCGUACAGACUGUGCUAGAGGCGAGGGAAGUCGUGAUUAUCAUCACAGGCGCGCAUAAAUCCCUUGCGCUCAAGAAAUGUAUCGAAGAUGGCGUGAACCACAUGUGGACACUAUCGAGUCUACAACUGCAUCCUCACCCCAUGAUCGUAGUUGACGAAGACGCAACCCUUGAACUACAAGUAAAAACCGUCAAAGUAAUUGCCCCUAUCCCCCACAUAAAAAUAAUCCCCGAGCUAACGCGAAACCAGUAUUUCAAAUCCAUCGAAGCAGUAGCUUCCUCCCAAGGCUUCGAACAAAUCCUCCCCUCGAAAAUCCGCACCGGUCCCCGCACAACCGCGCUCAACUCUACAUAUAGCCCCUCGAAACCACCUACGCCAGCAACUGUUAAGGAUGAACCGAGCAUCCUGUCCCCGCAACCCGUUACCAGUACGUUGCUUGCGGCGCCGGCGACAGAGUAUCCGGUACGUAGCCAUACGCCAGAGUUGGUGCCGGAUCGUAUGGGCAGCCGGAUUGCCGCUUUCUAG